UUCGUUUCAUUAGGAAGUAGAAGUGUGGCAGUAGCUGUCACAGUAUGUGGCCGCGGUUUACAGGAUGGCGAAGCGUGUGUUUGUUACCGUGGGCACAACGAGCUUCGACCAACUGAUCGACUGUGUGACUGCAGAGGAGAACAUCACGAUUCUCAAAGGCCUUGGCUACAAUAGAUUGGAUCUUCAGAUUGGCAGGGGGACCGUAAACCCCAAACCUUAUAGUACUAAUAAGUUUACAGUGGACGUGUUCAGAUAUAAACCAUCACUUGCGGAAGACCUCAAGAAAGCGGAUUUAGUCAUAAGUCAUGCUGGUGCAGGAAGCUGCCUAGAAGCCCUUGGAGAAGGAAAACCUCUCAUUGCGGUCGUAAAUGAAAAUCUCAUGGACAAUCAUCAAACUGAGCUAGCGAAACAACUUUAUAAAGAUGGACAUCUCUACUACUGCACAUGCAGCACCCUUGGGAAUACAUUGCUAACAAUGGACAUUUCAGCUCUGAAGCCAUACAAACCUGGACAUCCAGAAAUAUUUGCAUCAUUUUUAGAUGAAGUUAUAGGGUAUAAAUAGCAGAAAUGUAUUACCGUAUAUACUCAUUUUUUGUGCUGAAAAAGCCCCCCUCGGCUUAUACUCUAUAUUAUGGCAACUUGUAAUGAGCCCGGCGGUUCUGGGGGCGCUGGCAGCAAGCUGUUACUUAACUUUCCUGCAGCUCCCCAGUGUAAAUCUCGCAAGACCCGCGGCAGUCAGAACCCGUGGCAACGAUCAGCGCGGCACGCAAACCGUGAAAUUUACACUGGGGAGCUGGAGGAAGCUGCUGGGAAGGUAAGUAACAGCUUGCUGCCGGCCCAACCACUGCUCAGCCCAUACCACUGGACCACCAGGGAUUAACAUAUCCCCCUUCCUGGCCAAGUAACAAGCAGGGAGGGGGGACAAAAUAAAAAAAGUAAAAAAAUUAAAUAUUACAAUAAUAUUAAAAUAUUAAAUGCCCACCCCGUUUACACACACUCUGCAUCAUAUACACACCAACACAAACUCUGCAUCAUAUACACACAAACACACACUCUGCAUUAAUUAUAUACACACACUACACAAACAUUGCAUUCAUUAUGUACACACACUCUGCAUUCAUUAUAUACAAACACACACACUGCAUUCAUUAUAUACACAUACUGUAAAUAAAUAUUGAAAAACAUUUAUUUUUACUUUUACCAGUAGCUGCUGCAUUUCCCAUCCUAGGCUUAUACUCGAGUCAAUACGUUUUCCCAUUUUUUUGUGGUAAAAUUAGGUACCUCGGCUAAUAUUCGGGUCGGCUUAUACUCGAGUAUAUACGGUAACUU